UGCUUCUGCAGCUGCCCCAGCCCCAAGGAGGUAUAUAAACCCUCCCUGCUGCAUCAGUUGAGAAACACCAGCUGAGAUGAAGCCUUUCCUGACGGUGCUCCUGACUGCGGUCCUGUACGCAGAACAAGCUAACGCACUGAUAUGUUAUACGUGCAACGCGCAGCCCAGCAAUGACUUAUGCAUGGUGGCCGACGACUGCCCGAAUAAUGCCAAAUACUGCGGCACCACCGUUGUCAUGAACCCACCUGGCUUUUCCAGCGGGAUACGCAUCAGCAAGAUGUGCAUGGUCAUGUGUCAAGAAACCAGGCAAAACAAUGGAAGCAUGUCCACCACUUGCUGCCACACUGACUAUUGCAAUUAUAACAGUGCGGCCACCUCCGGGAUCAGCGCUGCUGUGCUGGUGGCUGCCUUCCUGGCCAGCUCCCUCCAUCUCCUGUCCUGGACUGGACCCUGAUGCAUUGGGGAAUUGCAGGGGUUGGGCAUCUUAAAUAGCAAGACCCUGUUUGCAAAGAGUUUCCUUGUUGUGUUUCUCACCACAGUUGUGCCCUGAAACCUCCCCGACCCAGCCCCGUGUCUCUCAGCCCAUCUGCUCAGUUGAGCAGAGUUGCGGGAAACUCAGCCGAGAAGUGCUGCCCUUGUAGACAAACCUGGUUGAGUCUAGGGUGGGAGCUGCCACCCGGCAGGCCCCACUAGUAAUGAUGCUCAUCAUCGGGGGGGGGGUCACAGCAGUAACGAUAACGGCUCUUAUUCUGCCCUAAAAGCAAAGCACGGGACGGCUGGGUAAGGGUGGUGGUGGAGGUGAUGCGCUUCAGUCCCCGGGGUCUGGCCACGCUGAGGCUGCCAGCAGUGACUCUCUCCCUGAUUUCCCACCCGGCCAAGCCACUAAUAAAAGAAACCCUUGAAAGAA